AGUGCUGUUUCAGACAGGAAUCCUUUAUAUUACGGUGCUACAAGUGUUUAGGCAAAUUCUCAUCAAAUAGUUAUUCAAAAUGUCGAAAAUUAAAUUCGCGAGCUUAAAACCAGAAAGUGAUCGCAUCGAAUUCAAAUCAAAGUUCGAUGCCGAGUUCCGGCGAUGGUCACUCAAGCGUUCCGAACAACUAAACUUUGAGCAAUUUCAGUCACUUAUUGAGCGAUUAUAUAAUCUGGAGCGUUCGCAACUGCUGGUGUCAUACAUUGAUCCACGAGACCAUGAUAUUCUGCCGAUCAACAACGACGAUAACUUUGGGCAUGCUCUUAGAACCGCUCACCCUCUUCUGCGAGUUAUCAUUCAGCGUAAAGGUGACAAUGCAGGAGAAAUAGCUGGUUAUGGUACAGUGAGAGCAAGAAAUUUAAUCAGCAGUAUACUUGGACAAACAUCAGUGAAAUCCAGAAGCUUGGCCAUUUCAAAUCCGCAUAAUUUUCGACAAGUAUCUGCAAUUAUUGAUGUAGACAUUGUCCCUGAAACCUGCAGACGAGUUCGCUUGCUAAAGCAUGGCAGUGAGAAACCGCUAGGAUUUUACAUUCGGGAUGGGACUUCUGUUCGAGUAACCUCCAACGGUUUAGAAAAGCUGCCUGGCAUCUUCAUAUCUCGUCUAGUGCCCGGUGGAUUGGCGGAAAGCACCGGACUGUUGGCCGUGAAUGAUGAAGUACUGGAAGUGAAUGGUAUCGAAGUUAGUGGCAAAACAUUGGACCAGGUUACAGACAUGAUGGUUGCCAACAGCUCAAACCUGAUAAUUACGGUGAAACCUGCCAAUCAACGGACACUGGUACCUCCUCGGCUCGGUUCGUUUUCGAGGAACAGUCAACAUUCAGGAGGCUCGCAGCAAUCACACCGCACUACCGGCUCGGAAGAGAACGAUCAAGACGACCAGGAUGAGGUUCGGGAUCUAACAGAUGCAACAGCCACCCUUGAUGAGAAAGCUCGACUGAUGCAAAAAGACGGCGUGCUACAUCUGUGAUCCUAUAAAAGCUGACGUCGCUGUUAGAAAAUGAUGUUUUAUGUGUAAAUUUAAUACGUGCUUAAU